AUCAUUCAUAAUUUCGCAAGACGAAUUCAGGCCAAAAUCAAAGAUCUUCUACAGCAAAUGGAAGAAGGACUGAAAACAGCUGACCCCCAUGAUUGCUCUGCUUAUACUGGUUGGACAGGCAUAGCCCUGUUGUACCUGCAGUUGCACAGGGUCACCUGUGACCAGACCUACCUGCUCCGAUCUCUGGACUACGUAAAGAGAACGCUACGGAACCUGAACGGCCGCAGGGUCACCUUCCUCUGUGGCGAUGCUGGGCCCCUCGCUGUGGGAGCCGUGAUAUAUCAUAAACUCAAGAGUGAUUGUGAGUCCCAGGAAUGCAUCACCAAACUUUUGCAGCUCCAGAGAACUGUUGUCUGCCAAGAUUCAGACCUUCCUGAUGAGCUGCUUUAUGGACGGGCGGGGUAUCUGUACGCCUUACUGUACCUCAACACGGAGAUUGGGCCAGGCACCGUGUGUGACUCUGCUGUUAAAGAGGUAGUCAAUGCUAUUAUCGAGUCGGGGAAGGCUUUGUCCAGAGAAGAAAGAAAAGCUGAGCGCUGUCCCUUGUUGUAUCAGUGGCACAGGAAGCAGUACGUCGGAGCCGCCCAUGGCAUGGCUGGGAUCUACUACAUGUUGCUGCAGCCAGCAGCUAAAGUGGACCAUGAAACCUUGACAGAAAUGGUGAAACCUAGUAUCGAUUAUGUGCGCCACAAAAAAUUCCGAUCUGGAAAUUACCCAUCAUCUUUAAGCAACGAGACGGAUCGGCUGGUCCACUGGUGCCACGGCGCCCCUGGUGUCAUCCACGUGCUCAUGCAGGCCUAUAAGGUAUUUAAGGAGGAGAAAUACUUGAAAGAGGCCAUGGAAUGCAGUGAUGUGAUUUGGCAGCGAGGUUUGCUCCGAAAGGGUUAUGGGAUCUGCCACGGGACUGCCGGAAAUGGCUACUCCUUCCUGUCCCUUUACCAUCUCACGCAGGAGAAGAAGUACCUCUACCGGGCUUGCAAGUUUGCAGAAUGGUGUCUAGACUACGGAGCACACGGGUGCCGCAUUCCUGACAGACCCUAUUCACUCUUUGAAGGCAUGGCCGGCGCGAUCCACUUCCUCUCUGACAUCCUGGUACCAGAGACGUCACGGUUCCCAGCGUUUGAGCUUGGCUCUUGCCAGAGGGAUUCAGAGGUGCAAAAAGACAACUGAAACAGCCUUCUGGACCAGAAGUCACCAGAUCGCUUAGUGCCUGACAGAUCCAGCUGUGAAUCCUGAAGGAGGAAGAAACAAGCGAACACCUCCGCAGGCCCCUUUUGUCGAACGACCCUCAGGUCGGAGCGUGAGUGACAGGAGCCAUAUUCCGCAUUUUGUGCCCGUGUCCCUCACAGUGUAAAACAGGAACCCUUCACCCCAGUCCUCCUAGUGUUUGCAUGUCUUGGUGUUGUUCGCAGGGGUAAGUUGUCUGAAUGGAGAGCCUUCUCUUCUCUUGCGCUCAGAGCUGACCUAGAGUGGCAGCCACUUUUCUGUAUAUAAUCUAGGAAGCGGGGCGUCUCCUAUACUGACAACAGGGGCAGGCAGGUGGGGUCUCUCCUAUCAGCAGGAGAAUCUAGGGUGAUACCCCAGUGGUAAUGCUUUGUCGUUUUUCCUGUGGGUGCUGUGCAGGGAGUGGGGGAGAAAGAGCACCUACAAAGGCAGAAGAGAAACAGAGCCAGUCAGAGGGGCUCCCAGGCAGUUUGGGAGGUUUGCAGUUGACGACUUUCUCUGCGUUUUGGGUUCACCUGAUUGUUUCUAAGAGCCCCAGGGGUGCGUCGCA